AUGUGGUGUGACAAGCCUGAUUGUGCGCAUGGCAAGUGUGGUGGCGAAGGUUGUGGCCUGUUGAAGCAGGACAAGGGUGGCGAGCGCCAUGGCCAUGGUUGGAAGUCAAGCAAGGGCCCCAAGCAGGGGCCACAGGAGGGUGAUGAGACCACCUGCCACUACUGCCACAAGCCUGGCCACUGGAGGAACAAGUGUCUGAAGCUCAAUUGGGGUGACGGUGGUGAUGGUGGCGGCGGCGGUGGUGACAGCCACAAAGUGAAUGCCGCUCAGGCGCAGCAUGAGAGUGAUGAGGAUGAGGAAAUCAUCCUGUCCAUCGCCAACCAGACUGACCAGUGGUAUCUGGAUUCAGGUGCAACCUGCCAUGUCACCUGUCGUUGUGAACUGCUCCACAACUACCAGCCCAGCCGCAGCACCAUCAACUUGGUGCUGGGCAAUGACUUCAAGUGCUGUGUCAAGGGGACAGGCACCAUCCACGCCACCAUUGUUGUAGACAGUACAAUGAAGACCAUUGUGCUCAUGGAUGUGUACUACGCCCCUGAGCUGGCGAAAAAUCUGGUCUCUAUGGCG